AUGGUGGGUUGGGUGAAGGCAGACACGAAAGCAAUCCAGGCCAUCCACGAGCAUGUUAUCACACACAACCAUCGUGUGUCCGUGUCCCACAGCGACCACUCCACCUGGUAUCUCCAUAUCAAAAAUGUUCAAGAGGAGGACCGCGGACAGUACAUGUGUCAGAUCAACACCGACCCCAUGAAGAGUCAGAUGGGCUUCUUAGAUGUCGUGAUACCUCCAGACUUCAUACCCGAAGAAACGUCGGGCGACACUAUGGUUCCCGAAGGUGGGACUGCGAGAGUCUCAUGCAAAGCACGAGGCGUUCCACCCCCAAGAGUCAUGUGGAAGAGAGAAGAUGGACAAGAGAUUGUCGUAAGAGAUCAAACUGGUGCAAAAUCGAAAGUGCUGACUUACCAAGGCGAAGUUCUAAGGCUAACGAAGAUUUCCCGUUCAGAGAUGGGAACGUACUUGUGUAUAGCCGGUAACAACGUUCCACCAACUGUCAGUAAAAGGAUUCAUAUCAGUGUACAUUUUCAUCCAGUAAUCCAGGUGCCUAACCAAUUAGUGGGGGCGCCUCUGGGCACCGACGUCACUCUCGAAUGCUACGUAGAAUCUUCGCCCAAAUCCAUCAACUAUUGGGUCAAAGAUCCAGGUGAACUGAUAAUACCUUCGGAGCAUCACGAGAUGACUGUAAGACAAAAAUCCAUGUUCGAAGCUGAGAUGACUAUGACUAUAAAGAAUAUACGGCGGGAGGAUCUCGGCAGUUAUAUAUGUGUGGCUAAAAACUCCUUGGGCGAUGUGGAGAGCAAGAUUCGACUUUACGAAAUCCCGGGCAACGAUAGGCACGUCUACCAAUACCCAGACGAGAGGAUAACUUCAGAAGACGAGUACGGAACAGAAAUUUACGACGAAGAUCUGGACAACGAUAAUAUGAAAAACCGUGUACCGGAUAGAGCGAACAAAUGGUAUUCUAAUGACGCUAAAAUAAUAGUUACCAGGGUCGCCGGGUCUCACCCACCAAUUCCGCCUUCCGCCGCCUUCCCUUUUCUCUCAUUGGAGAGAAGUAUGGGAGAGUGGCGGCAAUGGGGGGACAGGGGACCUCAGGAUCAUCCCAUCUGGUGGGAUGACCCUUUGGACCGCAUUCGCGGCGUCGUUGGAUGCGCAGCGGUGCGCACCAUUUAG